CCGGAAACCCCAGCACUGCAGUCGGAAGUCCCGCCUUCAUAACCCGGAAGCGGCCGGCACGCGGAGUGCGGGGAGGCAUGGCCACGGCGGCGGGAAGCGCGGUGCGCUUCAAGAGCAACUAUGCCGUGUCGAGGAGAAUCGAGCCGUUCUACAAAGGAGGGCGAGUGCAGAUAAGCCGGGAUGGGAAGUUCAUGUUUUGCCCCUGUGGGACUAAGCUGAACGUGAUCGAUGUCGAAACAGGAGCUCUGCUACACAGCCUCGAGCAGGAUGACCAAGAGGACAUCACUUCAUUUGUUCUCAGCCCUGAUGAUGAGAUUCUUGUGACAGGAAGCCGAGCCCUGCUGCUGAAACAGUGGAACUGGCGAGAGAACAAGUGUGUGCGCACGUGGAAAGCAGUGCACAUAGCACCAGUGGCUACCAUGGUCCUUGAUUCUACUUCAACCUUGUUAGCCACAGGUGGCUGUGACAGCACCAUUAAGAUCUGGGAUAUGAUCAAGCAAUACUGCACACACAACCUGAAAGGAUCUUCAGGAGUUGUACACCUUGUUGAGUUCCACCCUGAUAUCUCCCGUCUGCAACUCUUCUCCUCUUCAAUGGACUACAAAAUCCGAAUUUGGGACCUGAAUUCCAGCAAGUGUCUGGCUGUGCUGGAUGGCCACUUCAGUGCUGUCACUUCCCUGGCAUUCACUGCAGAUGGAAACACGCUCAUUAGUUCUGGCCGUGAUAAAAUCUGCAUGGUGUGGAACCUGAAAACCAGAGAAAGUAAACGAACUGUUCCUAUCUAUGAGAGCGUGGAAGCUGCCAUCUUGCUGCCUGAACAAGGAGAUUUCUCUCAACUGGGUGUGAAGAAACAAGGGCUGCACUUUCUCACGGCUGGCAGCAAAGGGGUCCUGAAAAUCUGGGAAGUUGCCACAGCUGCUUGUGUGUACACCCAGCCUGUGCCCUUUGAGCCUGUGGAGUCAGAGGAGGAGGCCAGCGAGCACAGCCUGACCCACUGCAUGCUUGUGCCUGAGAGAAAUGAGAUAGUUACAGUGUCUGUGGAACACAACAUUGUUUUAUAUGAUGCUCAAACUCUUCAGCUCAGGAAGCAGCUUGUGGGUUACAAUGAUGAGGUUCUGGAUGUGAAGUUCCUUGGGCCUGGUGAUUCUCACAUUGUUGUGGCUACCAACAGCCCUCAGCUGAAAGUGUUUGAACUGUCAACAUCACACUGCCAGAUCCUCUAUGGUCACACAGAAACGAUUCUUGCUUUGGAUGUCUUCAGAAAAGGCCUGAUGUUUGUAAGCUGUGCUAAGGACAAAAGCAUUCGAGUGUGGCGGAUGAAUAAAGAUGGAAGGGUGGUCUGUGUGGCCCAAGGACUGGGUCAUGCUCAUGGAGUAGGCGCUGUCUCUUGCUCAAGAUUGAAAGAGAGCUUUAUAGUGACCAGCAGCCAGGACUGCACAAUAAAGGUGUGGCAUAUCCCAGAAUCUCUCACUUCCAAAGCAAAAGCAGCCAUGAUCUCCAGUCCAGAAAUCCUUCAUGCACAAGUGACUGAGAGGGGUCAUGACAAGGACAUAAACAGUGUGGCAGUUUCUCCAAAUGACAAGCUCAUUGCCACAGGCUCGCAGGAUCGGCUGGCCAAGCUGUGGUCCUGCUCUGAUUGCUCUUUGCUGGGUGUCUUCACUGGACAUAAGCGUGGCAUCUGGUGCGUGCAGUUCUCUCCAGUGGAUCAGAUUUUGGCCACCUCUUCAGCAGAUGGAACCCUAAAGCUUUGGGGUCUUCAGGACUUCAGUUGUUUGAAGACCUUUGAAGGUCACGAUGCCUCUGUACUGAAGAUCAUUUUUGUAAGCCGAGGAACACAGCUGCUCAGUGGUGGUUCUGAUGGUCUCUUAAAACUCUGGACAAUUAAAACGAAUGAGUGUGUAAAAACAUUAGAUGGCCAUGAAGAUAAAAUCUGGGGUCUUCACUCUAACAAGCAAGAUGACAUGGUUGUGACAGCAUCCAGCGACUCCUCCAUCACGUUAUGGAAGGAUGUCACUGAAAUUGAACAGGAAGAGGCACAAGCUAAACGGGAGGAGCAGAUUAUGAAAGAGCAAGAGCUUUCUAACCUGCUUCAUGAGAAAAGAUACCUCAAAGCAUUAGGCUUGGCAAUCUCUCUGGAUCGUCCGCACACAGUGUUGACUGUUGUUAAAGCCAUCCUCAAGGAAACUGAUGGGAGAAAGCAGUUGGAAGAGAACAUUGUUCGGUUGCGGAAGGAUCAGAAAGAGGCGGUGUUAGCAUUCUUGGUGACAUGGAAUACGAACUCUCGAAACUGCCACGAGGCUCAAGCUGUCAUUGAAACCCUCCUGAAGCACGAAGCACCAGACAACCUCCUGCAGUACUCGGGCAUUAAAUCUGCUGUGGAGUCCCUGCUGCCUUACACCGAGCGCCACUUUCAGAGACUGAGCCGCUUGCUGCAGGCCUCCAUGUUCAUUGACUUCAUGUGGCAAAACAUGAAGCUGUCCGAUGCAUCACAGCAGGAAGAUGUGAUUUUGUGACUCUUCCCUCACCAGCUGCUGUUUCCUGACAGGAGUCUGGACUGUUUUCCCACCAGAUACAGCAACUGGAAUGCUCCCAUGUUUUAUAAUGUCUUUUUUUAAUGAAUUUAUAAAACAAGACCACCGUUCAGUCUCCUUGGGAUUUUAUGAAAGGAAGAAUUCAUUCCUUUGGGCAAGCUGUGGCUUCUCUUUGUAUUUUCACAGCUUGGAUUUUGAGGCCUGGGCUACAGGAGUGCUUCGUUUGGAGAAAAGGCAGAAUCUGGCUGUGAGCAAGCUCUGUUUGUCUUUACUGUGAAUGUGAAGGCUAUGGAGUUGGGAGAUACUACUGGCCAUGUUGUAUAUAUCCUGAAGUUCAGCUAGGUGGUGUGCUUAGAUCUAAGCACUGAAUAUUCUCUGUACCUGGGCAAAAUGCAGGCUGGGCCAAGGCAGAUCUCUCACCUUUCUUGCCCCAAAUGCAGCACUUGACAGGAACAUGGGUAUGAUUUUAAUUCUCCAACGAGCAAGUCUUUGAAGUACAAAAACUACACAGUCAUUCUAGAUACUCAUGAGUUUUAUUUCAGAGACAAAUGUAUAAAACUUAGAACAAUACAAACACCUUGCAAGUUGGCUAAAUUGCCUGAUUAAAAAAAAAUAAACAUUCAUGGGAAACUAACUAAAAUUAAAGGUAGCAAUCUGUAUAAAAGUC